UUAGUCCUUUACAAAGCAAGGUUUGUCUCUUAAAGAAUUAUUUGAAAAUUGGAAGUAGCUUGGCACCUUUUGGUAGGUACAGCAUUCUGGUGUGUUGUUCAGUACUGCACACGGUAUGCUCUGAUGCCCUUAAAAACUUGAACAGGUUCUGGUAACGUGGUGGCAUUGUUGGUAGCCUGGUUUACACGUCCCUUUUCCCCAGAAGAGCUAGUGUAGCCAGGGUGUUGAUUCCAUGCCUCCUCAAUACCUUUUGAAUUGCAGGAGGUGGGUGGAUGCUCACUGUUCAGAGGAGCUGUGCAGGGGCCUGGGCUCUGCUCCUGCAGCUGCACCAUGCAGCCCGUGCCAUGUGGAAGAGGGAGUGCAGGAGCUGUGGUGUCAUGCUGGAUUGCUGCUUGGGUAGUGCUGUGGCUGGCACAGAUGGCUUUGGGUUUGGCGUGGUAGGAGGAGGCUGUGCAUGGCACCUGUCACCCAGCAAAGUGUGGGGAUGUUGGGCAGCAAUGGGCCUGCCUGGGGGUGGGCAUCCGCUGAGGGCAGCGAGGGCUGUGGGGUCCCCAUCAGUGAGGCAGCGCUGGUCUGCGGCGGUGAGCUGUGGGGGCCUGGCAGAGACAGUCUUGCAGCUCUGUGAAGCAGUAUCUGCCAAAAGGGGUUUGCUGUCAGGCUGUGGCUGGGGGGAGUCUCCAUCUUUUGGAUGUGUAUACAGUAAAAGCUUUGUAAACGAUCACCUUUAAGAACUUUAUAGAGUUCGUAAUGAAAGACUUCAGAGUUUUGAAUGUUGCUGUCAUCUUUUGUUAAAAAGCAACUGGACCCACACACUGACAUUCCAGUUCUGUGGAUAAAUAAAAAGCUCCAUCAUCUGCUCUUAUAUUUAAGAACGGUGCUCAUUUGAGGUUUUAAAAGGGAUGAGGGGGAGGAAUCAGCUGCAUUGAAACAUGUGGACUUGGAGUGGUGUUUUAGAGUAUGGGGAAAGCAAAGAAGAGGAGCAGGCUUAGUGCUGCGGGAGUCUCAGCAAUCUGCAUGGUCUGGAAAGCUCAGAUGGAGGAACCUAUGAUAUUAUUAAUGAUGCAUCCAGCCCUGCUGCAGGAGACUGCUGUGCGCAGCGGAGCUCUGCCCAACACAACUGGGAAAUGAACUACCAGGAGGCAGCAAUCUACCUCCAGGAAGGAGAAAAUAAUGAUAAAUUCUUCACUCACCCCAAAAAUGCCAAAGCACUUGCUGCCUACCUCUUUGCACACAAUCACCUUUUCUACCUAAUGGAGCUGAGCACAGCACUGCUUCUCCUGUUGCUGUCUCUCUGCGAGGCACCAGCUGUUCCUAUGCUCCGUCUUGGCAUCUUUGUCCAUGCAACCCUGGAGCUGUUUGCAUUAAUGGUGGUAGUCUUUGAGCUCUCAAUGAAGAUGAGAUGGCUGGGCUUCCACAUGUUCAUUAGACACAAGAGGACUAUGGUGAAGACUUGUGUGCUGUUUGUACAGUUCAUAGAGGCCAUUGUGGUGUUGGUGCGCCAAACCUCACACGUCCGCAUAACGAGAGCUUUGCGCUGCAUCUUCUUAGUGGACUGCCGCUACUGUGGUGGAGUCAGGAGAAACCUGCGUCAGAUCUUCCAGUCCCUCCCACCAUUUAUUGACAUUCUUCUCCUCCUGCUUUUCUUCAUGGUGAUCUUUGCUAUCCUGGGUUUUUACUUGUUUUCUCCAAACCACUCGGAUCCGUACUUCAAUACCUUAGAGAACAGUCUUGUGAAUCUCUUUGUACUUUUGACCACUUCAAAUUUCCCUGAUGUGAUGAUGCCAUCUUAUGCUCGGAACCCUUGGUCAUGUGUCUUCUUCAUAGUGUAUCUCUCCAUCGAACUGUACUUCAUUAUGAACUUGCUUCUUGCUGUUGUGUUUGACACUUUCAAUGACAUUGAGAAGAGGAAGUUUAAGUCUUUGCUGCUGCACAAGCGCACAGCCAUACAGCAUGCCUAUCGCUUGCUCAUCACCAAACAGAGGCCGUCUGGAAUUUCCUUCAAGCAUUUUGAAGGGCUGUUGCGCUUUUACAAGCCUCGGAUGUGCACCCGAGAGCGAUAUCUCACUUUUAAAGCACUGAAUCAAAGCAAUACUCCUUUACUCAGUCUAAAGGAUUUUUACAAUUUCUAUGAAGUUGUUGGCUUAAAAUGGAAGGCAAAACGAAAUCGUGAGCACUGGUUUGAUGACCUUCCACGGACAGCAUUCCUUAUUUUUAAAGGCAUCAACAUCCUUGUGAAUUCGCGUGUAUUCCAAUACACCAUGUAUACUGUGGUGGCUGUGAAUGGAAUUUGGAUUCUUGUUGAAACCUUCAUGCUGCAAGGAGGGAAUUUCUUCUCCAGAAAUGUCCCAUGGAGCUACAUAGUCUUCCUCACAAUCUAUGGCGUGGAGCUGCUCCUGAAAACCACUGGACUGGGGCCUGUUGAGUACCUGUCCUCAGGCUGGAAUCUCUUUGACUUCUCAGUCACCCUGUUCGCGUUUCUGGGGCUUAUGGCACUGGCAUUUAACAUGGAGCCGUUCUACUUCAUUGUUGUCUUGCGACCUCUUCAGCUGCUGAGACUCUUUAAAUUGAAGAAACGCUACAGGAAUGUCCUGGACACGAUGUUUGAGCUGUUUCCCAGGAUGGCCAGCCUAGGUUUAACGCUGCUGAUCUUCUACUAUUGCUUUGCUAUCGUUGGCAUGGAAUUCUUUGCUGGUGUGGUCUACCCGAACUGCUGCAACACGAGCACAGUCGCAGAUUCGUACCGCUGGGUGAACCACACAGUUGGCAACAAGACAAUUGUGGAAGAAGGUUAUUACUAUCUCAACAACUUUGACAACAUUUUGAACAGCUUUGUUACACUGUUUGAGUUGACAGUCGUCAAUGAUUGGUACAUAAUCAUGGAAGGGGUGACAUCUGAAACCACUCACUGGAGCCGCCUGUAUUUCAUGAUCUUCUAUAUUGUGACCAUGGUGGUGAUGACAAUCAUUGUGGCAUUUAUUCUGGAGGCUUUUGUCUUCCGCAUGAACUACACUCGGAAGAACCAAGAUUCAGAAGAAGACAAUGGCAUUGUGCUGGAGAAGGAGAUCUCCAAAGAGGAAGUGAUUGGGAUAAUCGAGCUGUACAAGCGGAGUUCAGCUGCCACUGAAACUUCUCAGCUGCAGAAGAUUGUUUUGCAGAUGGAUAAACAUGGGCAAGUGUCAACACUGUUUCUGGGACGCAGAUCGAGGACCAAGAGUGACUUGAGUAUGAAGAUGUAUGAGGAGGAGAUCCAGGAAUGGUAUGAGGAACAUUCCAGGAAAGAGGAAUCCCAGAUACCAUUGCAAGAGUCUGCAUCUGCUUCCCACAGCUCUCUGAAGCCCCUGAGCCUCCGACAACGUUCCCAGACCGUCAUCUAGGCCUGGCUAGUGCAAUCUGCCUUCUAUGCAAUAACCUAGAGUAUUACUUCACAGUGUAUAUGUUGGGAUGAUGUAUAUAGAUCUGUUCCAUGUACUGGUUGGCAUUAGGGAUAAAAGCUCUUCCAUUAAGUGGCAAAAAAACAGGUGGACUCUGUGUAAGACUGCUACAACCGGACUGAGCACGAUGCCUGUGCUCAGCACAGAGUGAGCUUCUUGGACAGAAAUGGAGACUUCCCUCUGAGCUGCUUCCCAAGCUCAAGCCUGCAGUUUCUCUUAGCAGUAACAGACCCUGGGAGAAGGGACGUGUAAUUCAUUAACAGCAGGAAAUGCGCUGAGGCUACAUGCUUACAAUUUAAACAACAACAAAAAAAAAGGCCCUUUUUAAAGGUCUGCUUCACUUAAAGGGUACUACUAACUUAGGAAUAAAAGAUCAGGGAGGGACGUGGCUUUUGUUUGGUUUUCGUUGUUUUUUCCCUCUCUGGCCUCCUUUUUCAAAAGCUAGAGGAGGUGGUAUGGAACUUCAGCACUUCUGAAGAGCAGUCUGCCUUUUCCCUCCUUUUUGGUACACCUAGAUGCACUCUCUUUAGCAGAUCCAGCUCUGACUGUUGAAUUUAGCUGUCCCUGAGCCGUUCUGUGGCAGCUGGUGCCAGAACUGAGGGGCAGGAAUCUUGUUGCAUUAUGACCAUGGAGGAGACAGGAAUUUUGAGAGACAAACUCUUUGCUGUAGCUGUCCAGUAUCUGCACUUCUGCAAGUUGGUUAUGCCCAGGGCACUGCCUGGGAUCAGAAUCACCUCUGUAAACCCCUCAGCUCUCAUCUUCAUAGGGAAGGGUGAUUCUGCAGGGUGACCUCUGUCACUUAGCCACCUACUUGUAAAUGGCAAGUCUUUGGUCAUUAGUUCAAAUAGAUGACUGGGAAGGAGAGGACUUUGCAGCUCCAAGCCCGUGGCUUAUUUCUGCUUGGGUCUGAAACUUAUGGAUAGAGAGUCCAUCAAACAGUAUGCUGGUUGGCCCUCAGCUAGGUCAUUGCUUUGUUUGAACAGGAGGGUGAAUCUCAGCGCAGCAGCAUUCCUCCUUCCUCAUUCUCACCCAUGCAGAGCUGUUCCUCGGGCUGGCAAAUGCUGACUGGGUCAGAUCUUAGGAAGUUCCUCUGCUGAAGGGCUUUACUGUUCCCUUGAAUUCUGGAUGCAGAACUGUGAAGGACAAUGAUUCUUCUCACCUAAUCUGCUUUUCAGUGUUUGGCACAGAGGCUGCCAGACCUGGUAGCUGGGGGAGGAGAAGGAAGGGGGAAAGGGAAGGGGCUUCCUUGCCAGCUCUGACACGUUAAUUCUCGGAUCGCAGCGAGUUGUUUCUCUCUUGUGUUUCAUUACUGCAAAGUGGUGACAGCCUGUCUCUGAGUUCCUUUUUUAUCCUGUCACCACGGAAAGUACUGAGAGUGAAGAGUGUCUGUCAGCAUGGAGGUUCCCCUUACCUCUUGCUGUCUGAUCUUCUCUCAGGUUCAGAUGUACAGUGUAUUUAUCAGGGAUGGGAGGCUUUCCCCUUCCUCUGAGUGAGUCAGGUGGCGGGAUGUAGGGAAUGGGCACACGACCCACGUACCUGUUCUUUUUUGUUUUUGUUUUUGUUUUGUUUUUAGGAAGUACUACCAAAUGGCACAAGGGCAGAGGGACAGGACUGAUUCUACAUGGGCAGACAGAGAGCAUUUUGGGGGAAAAGAUAAGAUUUUCAGAUGCAGGCAACAUGAUGUGUACUCCUCGUCUCUGAACAGCCAAAUUCCCCAGGUGCCUCAGGGCAGUUCUUUGUUUCCCUUCUGGGUACUGCAGGUGGUAUGAAACUACUUCUGAGCUGAACCGUGAAGGACCUUAAAGGGCUGUUUUCCAAACCAUAAAUUGACCACAAAUUAAUGAGCAGUGCAGCUCAUUAAUUAAGUUUCUCUUGCAAUUGCUCUGUAUGGGGCUGCAGCCUGGGAGACUUAUCCACGUUAGUCUUGGGGCUGGGGGAGAUGUUUCCAAGGUAUGGGCAGGAUGAGCAUCCUGAAGGUUAGAAAACAAAAUGUGGUGCUGUUUAAAUUCUGCAUUACCAUGGCAGGGCUGUCACUGACUUGUUCUGGAGCUGCAGCUUCAUACUGUGCUGGGGGAGUGCUGACCUGCUCACGCAUGGGAGCAAGGCUCUGCUGUUGGGGAGCAGCACUGAAGCCCCUGGACUGGGCUGUGGGGCUCAGGUGCUCCUUUUCUGGUUUUGUACUGAGAUCUCAGUUUGUCUCCAUGUACACACUGUAUUAUUUUUAACCAAGGAGGAUCACAGAAGUUUACUUCUUUGGAAGGAAGUUUGAGUAAUGGGGUCUCCCCUACUAUUUACUCUUGCUCCCCGCCCCCUUACCCCCAGACUAACAGCAGAGACAAUCAUUUUGUAGGGAAAAAAGGAGGAACACUGCAGGAUUUUGUAUGCUGGUCUUUUGUUUUUAACUUUAUGGACGUCUGUAAAAUGUUCUCUAGAUUUUUCAAGCACACUAAUAAAGAGCAUCCUCAGCUUUGUAGAGGCA